GAGCACUGACUUUGCGUGGUAGAAAUGGCUAAAACAUAUAUUAGGCCAUUUUUAGUGCAGGUUUCAUAAGAGGUUUUAUUCUGAUUAAAUUAAAUGCCACAUGGGACAUUGUCAAAAAAUUUAUGAAUAGAAGGAAGGAAACAAAAUCAUCUAUGUGAAACUGUAAUUUGGAGGUCUAUAUGUUUAAUCCUAUCCGAGCUUAUCUAGAUUAGGUGACUUUUGGAAACCUCAAAAUGAAUCUCACAGUAGGAAUGGCCUUACGAUCAGCAAAGCAGGUUCUGACUGCGUCAAAAAACCUGAUCAAUUAAUGUUACAGUGUACUCCUAUAUUACCAUGAAAAGAUUACACCUGGCUUGACCAUAACCAUACAAGCUGGCCAAAACUGUUCUUCUGAAACGCGGUUGGAAAGACCAACCUCAGGAGGAAAGAAACACAUAGAAAGACUUCUGAACACGUAUUUCUUUCUCUAAAGACUUCUGAACACGUCUUUCUUUCUCUCUCCAUACAGGUGGUCAAUGCAUUCAAAGCCGACAUUUUCUAUAGUUUUGAUAAGGAAAUGUGAACCAAUCUCCCUCUUAUGUCUAUCAUAUUGACAGCUUUGUAAUUGCAUUUGACAGGUUCAACCGGUUGCCUCGCAGAGAAACUUUUGGUUAGUCAAGUAUGGAAGUGAUCAAGACUAACAAAUGCCGCUCUCCAAGGGCUAUAAGUUUUGUUGUCAUCUAGUACGAGCAAAAGGUUGAUCAAUAGCAAUGGCACCUCUCCUGUUCUUGCCCAUCCUGCAACUCUUGCUACUAUACUGCACCAAAUCUGCCCAAGCUCAGCUAAACAUCAGCAUAGGCUCCUCUUUGACACCCCAGGGGAUAAACAACUCAUGGAUCUCGCCCACUGCUGAUUUUGCAUUCGGUUUUCUGGCGGUAGAUGGAAACUCCUCCUCAUACCUGCUCGCUGUCUGGUUCAACAAGAUCGCUGACAAGACCGUCAUCUGGUAUGCCAAGACUAGCUCCAAUAGGCAAGAUGAUACAAUACCGAUACAAGUCCAAGCUGGCUCUAUCCUCAAGCUCGCUGAUGGAGCACUCUCUCUUCGCGAUCCAUCUGGCAACGAGGUAUGGAAUCCACGAGUCACUGAUGUGGGCUAUGCUAGAAUGCUCGACACCGGUAAUUUCAGGCUUUUAGGCACUGAUGGCGCAACAAAGUGGGAGUCCUUUGGUGACCCUUCUGAUACCAUCCUACCCACACAAGUGCUCCCACUAGGGACAGCACUCCACAGCCGUCUCCUCGCCACAGACUAUUCCAAUGGCCGGUUUCAACUAAAUGUUCAAGAUGACGGUAAUCUUGUGCUGUAUCUAGUUGCUGUACCUUCUGCAUACUACCAUGAUCCAUACUGGGCCAGUAACACAGUGGGGAAUGGCUCACAGCUGGUGUUCAAUGAAACUGGAAGGAUAUACUUCACGCUGACUAAUGGUUCACAGAUAAACAUCACUUCUGCAGGAGUGGACUCUAUGGGUGAUUUCUUCCACCGUGCAACCCUUGAUACAGAUGGUGUGUUCCGGCAAUAUAUUUACCCAAAGAGCAAACAGGCCAGGAGCUUAUGGCAAGAGCAAUGGAGAGCGGUGGAUGCACUUCCGGAGAACAUCUGCCAGACAAUUCAAACAAAGGUAGGCAGUGGUGCAUGCGGCUUCAACAGUUACUGUACCUUUGAUGGCACCAAGAACACAACAAAUUGUCUAUGCCCACAGAGGUACAAGUUCUUCGACAAUGAGAGGACAUACAAAGGUUGCAGGCCAGAUUUUGAGCCACAAAGCUGUGAUCUAGAUGAGACAGCAGCAAUGGUGCAGUAUGAGAUGACACCAAUUGAUCGCAUUAAUUGGCCUCUAUCUGACUAUGAGCAGUACAGCCCGAUAGAUGAGACCGAAUGCCGAAGGCUGUGCGUCAUUGAUUGCUUCUGCUCCGUUGCCGUGUUCAAUAAACCCUCAAACACUUGUUAUAAAAAGAAGCUCCCUUUAUCAAAUGGGAAUAUGGAUUCCAGUUUACAGGCGACAGUUCUUCUUAAGGUGCCUAGGAGCACCAAUUCACCAUCCAUGAUCAGCAGCGGCUCCAGCAAAUGGAAGAAGGACAAAAAGUAUUGGAUUCUUGGGAGCUCAUUGUUUUUUGGAAGCUCUGUAUUGGUGAACUUUCUCCUAAUCUUUGUUCUGCUUUUUGGUACUUAUUGUAGUAUCACCUCGAGGAAGAAAACCCAGUUAUCGCAACUACCCAGUAAUUCUGGAUUACCUUCAAAGAUUUUCACUUACAGAGAGCUGGAAAAGGCAACCGGUGGUUUCCAUGAGGUACUUGGUACAGGAGCCUCAGGUAUUGUCUACAAAGGACAGCUGCAAGAUGAGUGUGGAACUAACAUCGCAGUCAAGAAAAUCGAAAAGCUUCAGCAGGAAGCACAAAAGGAGUUCUUGGUGGAAGUCCAAACCAUUGGGCAGACGUUUCACAGGAACUUAGUUAGACUGCUUGGUUUUUGCAAUGAGGGAACUGAAAAGCUGCUAGUGUAUGAGUUCAUGAGCAAUGGCUCACUCAAUACAUUCCUCUUCAACGAUAGUCAUCCGCAUUGGAGCCUCCGUGUUCAAGUAGCACUUGGGGUUUCACGAGGACUGUUCUACCUACAUGAGGAGUGUAAUAAACAAAUCAUCCACUGCGAUAUGAAACCACAGAAUAUCCUUCUCGAUGAUAAUUUUGUAGCAAAGAUUUCAGAUUUUGGUCUAGCAAAGCUUCUUCCGGUGAAUCAGACACAAACAAACACCGGCAUUCGGGGUACUCGAGGAUAUGUUGCACCUGAGUGGUUCAAGAACAUAGGGAUUACUUCUAAGGUCGACGUUUAUAGCUUUGGAGUGAUCCUGCUUGAGCUUGUGUGCUGCAGGAAGAAUGUGGAAUUAGAAGUUGCAGAUGAGGAGCAGACAAUACUAACUUAUUGGGCAAAUGAUUGCUACAGGUGUGGGAGGAUUGACUUGCUGGUGGCGAGCGAUGACGAGGCAAUCUUCAACAUAAAAAAGGUGGAGCGCUUCGUUGCUGUGGCACUGUGGUGCCUCCAGGAGGAGCCAUCGAUGCGGCCAACAAUGCAUAAGGUGAUGCAGAUGCUUGAUGGAGCAGUACAAAUCCCAACGCCUCCUGACCCUUCGUCCUAUAUCAGUUCACUCGCAUGAUAGAAGCAUUCCUGUUAAUAAACAACAGAUUGUAAUUUGAAGCAAUAGCAUUCUUUAGACUGAUACUUCUUCGAUAUAGGGCUUCGUGUUAAAGGCUUAAAGCAUGAUAUGAGUCAUGUUAUUCAGGGCACUCAUGCCUGCCUGCAACAAAUAAUGUUUACAUACGUAUGAAAGAUUAUGAUACAAUGAGCUCUGAGCCUCUGAA